AUGACCUGGCUUGCCGCAAGAAGCUCUCUGCAACAGGGAGCUAGGUUCCAAGGUUCCAGUGAGUUGAUGAAAAAUAGUGGCUAUGAGUGGGAUGAGGAACUGAUUAGACAAACUUUUAAUCCUUUUGAAGCUGAAAAAAAUUUAAAAAUUCAUAUCAGCCGACCUGGAUUAAAAGAUAGAUUUGUGGGGCAUUGGCAUCCUACGGGUCAGUUGACUGCAAAAAGUGUCUAUGCAACAAUCCUAUCUCAUCAAUAUAAACACUUGGAGUUAGCACGCACCAGCUCAGGCCACACAAAGGAGUCCAGAAUGUGGGAGACUACUUGGAAAUUGCCCAUUGCAAGGAAGCUACAUAGAUUUGGCCUGUUGAAAAUUAAUAGGAAUACAAUGAAGCAGCCUGAAGGGGAUCAACACCAGCUUUCAGAAUUGUGGACAGGAUCAGUCUUUCAACCUACCUCCUAUGGUAGUUGUGGAAGAUUAGGAAUGCUUGGAAGUUCAACAAGCAAUGAAUUGAAGAGAGGAUAUUGCAAGCAUUCAGGGGUUCAGACUCAGGAUUCAGUACCUGGUGGUUCCUUGGCUGAGAUAGGGGUAGGGCAGCUAACCUUCAAUGGUGUAUGGGUAUGCAGGAAGAACAGACUAUACUUGUGGAAUGAAGUGUUGAACUAUGCAGGAAGUAAAGAUAAAGCAACUUCGCCAUCAGGUGAAGUCUACAAAAGCUUCUUUCCACAGGAUCACAAAGAGAUAAAGCUUUCGUUUGCAAGGUAG